UUCCGGGGCCCCAGGACGAGAGACGACUUCCCGGACCUGGCCGAGUCGCCACCCGCCUCUGACAACGAAUGUAGCGAUGACGUACAGCUGAAGCCCAGGGCAGCUCUGCGAGAAACAGAGGACCUCCUGCGAGACCCUACAGCUGAUGGAACUGUGGGUUUUCCUGCUUCCCAUUCAAAUAUGGCCAAAGCCCGAUGGAUCACACCACAUGACCAGGGUCCAGACCUCACCUUCAUUACCUCAUCUGUCAAAAAGAGGACAGAGUGUACCCUUGGGCUGCAGAAUCCAUGAACUGAGACUUUAUGACAAACUAGCCUGUGUUAUCCAUACUGAAUAGGUAGAAUGUCAUCAGGCAGAUGGUGUUCAGUCAUUGCACAGACGACUGCAUACGACCUCACUGGCCUCUAAUCACUUCUCCUGCUUGAUCAGGUGGCUUCUUCACUGUAUCUGUCAUACUUUGCCUUUGUAUCCAUUAUCUACUCACACAUAAAAAGUGAAUAUCAUUUCAUCAGCAUUAAUCAUAUAACAUUAAUAUUGAUAAUGAAUGUAAAUAACAAUCUCAAAAUAGGAUAAACUUCGACCUGCAUAGUAGAUUUAACCAGAGUUUCCUUCUCUCUUCUCUCUGGGCAUAAACAUUGUUAGUUAAACCCUCCACUGUUGCUGCAUUACCACCUGCUUCACUCCUGUGUACAAAUUAAAACUUAAUAUGGUUCUCUAGUUUUAUUGAUCAGAAUUUAUAGAAUAUAUUAGAAUAUAUAGCCCUUAAUGACCUGAUCAGCCUUAUAGCCAGUGAAAUGUGAGCUGUAGUCAAACAAGAAUGCAUAUGAUAUGUAUUUAAAUUUUCCAGCUAACUGUAUGAAAAGCUGUUAAUUGCACCUCUGCUGCUGAUGUUGCUCAAAGGGCCUGUGGUUGUCUUUACCGAGAAGACUGCUGCCUAAGUCAUUGUGGUGGAUCUGAGUUUUGUUCUUUGGUAAGAGAUGCCUGUCAGUUCCGAGUGUACUGUAGGCUGAAACUUUUUCGUGUUUAGUUUGGCUGUUUUGUUUUAAUUUAAAGUGAUUUAUAUUUUUCUGUAUUUUUCUAUAUUUAUGAGUGCAGAUGUCACAAAACUGUUGUCCUGAUCCCCUGUCAGCAAAAAACUUGAGUUCUUGUUAGACUGUGUUUGUAUGUGCAUCAUUUUAAAAAAAAGUCAAGAAAUCACAGGGUUAACAGGAAAUCAGGUUGGGUAGACAGGAGCGUGCAUGGUUUCACUGGCAGGGGAGGAAAAGUGAAAGUAGAACACAUAAUUUCGUAUCUGUAAAGUCGAGUAUAACCACAUUAUCUGUUACACUGGAAGCAUUUUCUACCAUCAAUAGAGCAUUUAUCAUUCACCUAUACUGACAAAGUAUAGUCACAAAUUCCACUCAUCUUUUUACUUUGUUAAUGGCCUCAACUGGUUAUUUUUGAAGAGCCGUACCACCUUUGCAGUCACAUAUUUUAUAAAACACACAUUAACAAACAGCGGUAUGGCCUGUCAGUGUUCAUUGUGUGAAAACAUCUUCUGUGGUAGGCUGGAUUCCUUUGUUAGUUGUUCAUUAUUGGACAUCACAGAUCGAAAAGUACCACCAGCACCCUGCUGGACAACACCAAUCUGCCACAGGUCUCCUGUGAUAUUUGUGUUUAUGAGCAGAGCAAGGCCUUGGAAUCACACCUUGUGUAUUUCACCUCCUACUGUUAGACUCACACCGAACCUCAUGAGAGAGCUGCAAGCUGAAAAAGCACACGACUUUUCACACCAGAGAACAAGGAGCAUGGAAAAAGCAUUUGAUGUCCCUGUGGCUGCUCUCUAGAAUAAAAAACAUUUCUGUGUCAGUUCUGUACUGAGGAACACCAUGUAACCCAUGGACAGUAUCCUUAGAGGCUGAGUAUGGGAAAUGUGGAAUUGUAAACCAGCCAACAUAAACUACAACCCAAAAUUACUAAACUUCAAAAUUCUGACCAUAAAUCUGAGCACAAAGAGGAAGAAUGGAGUAAAGGAUCAAAUGAGCGGUUCAGCAGACGACUGACGAGGGUGAGCAGGAGGUUAGGGAGAUCAGUCAGAAGUACAGAAAAACACAGAGAAACCAGACUGAGUUCAUCAAGCUCAUUGAAGAGAAGCACAAUAGAAUAAUGACAGGAUGAAAGCUUCAUAAUAGACCUGGAGCAGCAAAUUGCUGACCUGAAGAAGAGAGAUGCAGAGCUGUGUACACAGUGGGCUGAGUGUGGAAUAUUGUGCAGAGCGUUGUGCCUCAACUAAACAAGCCAAGAGGGCUGGAAAGGCUGUGAGGAUAGUCGAAGGGAAUUUAAGUCUGAGAGACUGAGAAGAAUCUUUCAGACAAAAAAGAGCUUCAGUAGUAAAGUUAAAUUUAAAGGAUAAACAGUCUUGACUUUGUUUUGUUUCUUACACAUGAAUAUGUAGCUAAUAUUGUGUUUUCUUUGUUUCUUUUGUGGUAAGUGAUUGAUUGCAGUUCACCUGGAGUUGUGGAUUGUGGCUUAUUUGCAAUUAAGAUUCAGAGAAUUGUUUCAGAAAAUGUGUUUAGCAACAUCUGUUCACCUCUGUUCCACAACAGACAGAAAAUGAUUCUGAUGUUCUGAAUAAAUUCUUCUCAGUUUCCUCAUGUGCAUCUUCAGUAUGAAAUGACUGAAGGCUGAUGGUGGGUGUGAAGCACAGUGCGGUAGCUAUUAAUCUCACAGCACUGACGCUUUUUGAAGAAUCUCAUUAAAAGGUGAUUUUCAUUUAUAUUCAUUUUUGCAUACAUUUUAUGGUUAUAAGGGCUCAGUCAUCUCUGCUAAAAAAAAAAAAAAACUGCAUACAGUGUGAAAAUAAUCAUGGAAAAGAUAAUGGAGUUUUACAGUGGAUUCCUCCGCUCACAUCAGCCAGAGCCACGAAAGAGGGAGAGGGGGAACACAAUAAUUAAUCGGCCGAUAAUCGUCCAGGGUGACGUCAGGGCUUGACCUACUUUUGAUGACCAGGAGCCUCUGACUAAGACUUGAUGACUGCAUCGAACACAUGAAGGUGUUCCUACAUUAUGUAGCAACCAUUAGCGAUAAGAAAAAAUAAAAGCUGUCACAAUCCAGACCAAAGAGCCUUGUUGCUGAUUGCUCGUAAUGCAGCAAAUAUUCUUUUCACUCCCGCCGUCCGAUCCUUCCUCCACGUCCUCUUUGUCUUUGUCCUUUUUUUUUUUUUUUUUUUUACCUCUUUCACUUUCUUUCUCUCAUUAAUCCUCCUGUCUCCAUUUAAUUCUCAAAACCUGAGUCAACAUCCUUUUUCUUCUCCACGACACACUUCCAGAAGAGGCUCUCAUUUGUUUUCUUUGAAGUGCUUCUUUAUUCAGGGACACUCUCUCCAUCUCUGUGUCUCUGUGUCUCCCCACCCGCCUCUCUUGUUACGUUUUGGUUCUUUCCCAAAGCACAUUUUUUUCAGGUCACUGUCAGUUUUGUGCUCUCUCUCUCUCUCUCUCUCUCUCUCUCUCUCUCUCUCCCUCUCCCUCUCCCUCUCCCUCUCCCUCCCUUGUUUGCUCUCGCUUUUGCAGAGAGCACAUCAGCUGGAGACAUUGCAGUGUGUCUAUGCACACACACACACGCUGGUUGCUGUCGGGGAGAAGCUGCUGCAGCCGUGUGUGUGUAUGAGUCUCUCUUAAAGGACCCUAGCUGUAGUUGAACAGUGAGGCUCAACCUGCAGUGCUCAUCAUCCUGCGAGCACAGCCAUCUCUCCUCUCCUCUCGCACUCUCCUUUCCUCUCCAUCCAUCAUCUACUCACCCCUAAUCCUCACACUCUUUCCCUCAUUCCUCUCUUCUCUCACACAGUCAUCAUUUCUCAAUCACUGUCAUUCACUCUGACCACCUCCACACAUGUUGUGUUGCUAGUUGUGUGUGUAUGUGUGUGUCAGGGUUAAACCCCUUAGUCAGAGGUGUGUGAGUCAUCAGUGUUGCCGUAGUGAGAAGAAGGGGAAUAUCCUCUUUUUUGCCUCCCUCCUCCUAUCUCACUCCUGCUGGACUUAAAUCGAGAGAGGAAACAUUACCGCAGGUUCAGGGUCUCCCACCAUGGCUGCGGCCAUCCAGGAGUUCCAGAGGUCGGAGUCAGACCGACUCAACGAAGUCAAAGGUCACCUGGAAAUUGCCUUACUGGAGAAACAUUUCCUACAGGAGGAGCUGAGGAAGCUGCGGGAAGAGACCAAUGUGGACUCCCUGCGGCAGGAGCUGGAGAGGGAGCGAACCAAGAGGAUAGACCUGGAGCAGAAGAUGAAUGAGGUGCUCAAGUCCAGGCUGGAGGACUCUCCACCGCAGCCUCCCCGAAAACAGCAGUCGCCCUCAAACAAUGGAACAGCAGAUAAACAGCAGAAGGAGGUGUGGAGUUCGCGGCUGCAGAAGUGGCUGUACGAGCGCUUCGGAGUUUACAUCGAAGACUUCCGCUUCCAGCCGGAGGAAAGCACCGUGGAGACCGAGGAACCGCUAAGUGCUAAAAGGUUGACAGAGAAUAUGAGGCGACUCAAGAGAGGAGCCAGACCUGUCACCAACUUCUUAAGGAACCUCUCUGCCUUAUCUAACUGGCACUCCGUCUACACCUCAGCUAUUGCCUUCAUUAUCUACAUGAAUGCUGCUUGGCAUGGCUGGGCCAUUCCCAUGUUCCUCUUCCUGGCUAUCCUGCGAUUGUCCUUAAAUUACCUCAUUGCCAGAGGUUGGAGGAUCCAGUGGAGCAUUGUGCCUGAGGUCUCUGAACCCAUGGAGCCUCCAAAGGAAGACUUGACUGUGUCUGAAAAGUUCCAGCUUGUACUUGAUGUUGCACAAAAAGCACAGAACCUUUUUGGUAAGAUGGCGGAUGUUUUGGAGAAGAUAAAGAACCUGUUCAUGUGGGUGCAGCCGGAGAGCACCCAGAAACUUUACAUCUGCCUGUGGGUGACUUUCAUCACCUCCUGCGUCCUGCCAUACAAGCUGAUGGGCUUCAUGAUCGGCCUGUACGCCGGCAUCAAGUUCUUCAUCAUAGACUUCCUGUUCAAGAGCUGUCCGAAGCUGCGGGACAAGUACGACACACCUCACAUCGUGUGGAACAGCCUGCCCACCGACCCACAGCUCAAAGAGAGGACCAACGCCACUGUGUCGCGGCGGCUCUCUGGCACUGAGAAGGUUCAGCCGGUGGUCUCUCGCAGCAGCCUCGCCACCGUCCCAUGUGGGGUGAGCAGGGAGGAGGAGACGGGUCGCUCCCACAGCACCAAGAAGGGAGCUUUUCAUGAGAUCUUCAAUCUGCCAGAGUCAGAGCGCCCUCUGGCGGUGUGUGAGAACGGCUGGAGGUGUUGCCUGAUAAACCGAGACAGGAAGAUGCCCACAGACUACAUCAGGAACGGCAUGCUUUACGUCACAGAGAAUUACCUGUGCUUUGAGAGCUCCAGCUCCAGAUCCAGCUCCUCCAAAAAGAAUAAAGUUAUCAAGCUGGUAGACAUCACUGACAUACAAAAGUAUAAAGUGCUGUCAGUCCUGCCAGGAAGUGGGAUGGGCAUCUCCAUAGCCACUCCUUCCACUCAGAAGCCAUUGGUGUUUGGUGCCAUGAUCCACAGAGAUGAGGCUUUCGAGGCCAUCUUCACACAGUACAUGAAGAUCAUGACCACCACCAAACCACCAGCCGCUGCAGAGCUCUAGACAGCCUGCAUCCCUGCAGCACAUCUCCGUACUGGGGUUAAAGUCUGUGGCAGAGAGCCUCCUGAGUUUCUACUGGACUGGAAGAUACUUUCAAAGACCACACUCCUCUGCUCUGCGAGAUCCUCCUCCUCCUCAUGUGAUGGGCAUCGGCUUCCUCAUUGAUGGUCGUGGGCUGCAUUUGAUUGGUGGCUUCCCUGUUUAUGCCACAUCAGAGGGGAUGUGAGAGUGUAAUUGAGAUUUAGUCACAUAACAUACGUUUUGUGGGUGUUGGACAAUGGACAAAAUCAGGAGCGAGGAGCUGAAGUGUGGUUUUUAUCAAUCAGCAGAAGGCUGGUGAGGGGGCUGGUUUACCUCUCCCACCUGACCUGACCAACUGACUGGCUGACUGGUUUCCUGACUUACUUGUUUCUGUGUUUGCAUGUUUGAGCGUGUGUGUGUGUAUGGAGGUGAAAUAAGGUCUUAAAUUGCGUCAAGUGGUUUUCUCAUUAUUCCUCAGUCAGUGGUUUGCUGUUGUCGGAAGAUUUCAAGAAGUGCUCAAUCUGGCUGUAAAAUGAAGCUCAUAAAACAACUAAAAGAUAAACAAAUAAUUCUUUAACUGCCAGACAUCUGUAGGAACAAACAUGUAAGUUUAGCUUUAUAAAUCAGUGCAAAAACAACCAUUAAUGUUAAUGUUUAGACAUUAAACUGGCUGAUUAGUGCUUCUAGGCACUGCCCAACAAAAUUAUGGGAGUAUUCACGUGUGAGUGAUCAGUGAUAGUGUUUUUUAAAAUCUGUAUUAGCUGUGAAAAUGUCAGAUCACCAUUCGACUGACACAGAGCCUUUCUGUUAGUUUACAUUGCUGCUGUCUAACUUCUGGAUUUCCCCUCUUCUUUCUAGAGUCACAUUUCAGCAGCGACAGUACGUUUUACUCAUCUUUGUCGAUCCCAACAAACAGAAAUUGUACGCUGCGUUCAGCAUCAUCCGCUUCAGUGUUUGUUAGUGUGCGUAUGUGAAACGUGUAGUCGACAGCUUUUUCAAAAAUGCCUUUCUUUUGGAAAAUGUCUUUUUUUUUCUCUCUCUCUCUAAUUUUUGUCUUUGUAACAAACAGCCUUUGGGAUGAGUAAGUGGCGGUCCUGUAGUUGCUGGUUGUGUCUGACACGAGAGCACAACACCGACUGCCGUUUGGAGUUGUGGCACAGUGGAGAACAUAGCCCCAUGUCUAAGCUUCUCUUUUCAAGGCACAGUCUGUACAUAUGUAGUGGGAUGUUCUUUUCUUUCCGACAAUGGUAUUCCUCCUGCACUUUAUUAGAACUGGAAUUCCUGACAUUAAUGUUGCAGCAAAUAGACUUCAAACGCUCACUACUUCAGCUGGAGUCUAUGGUCAGUCUUGCAGAUAGUUUCAAAGGUAUUUCUCUUUUGUCUGGCUACUUGAGCCCAGCGCCGGCCAUAUCCUGCUGGUGGCAGUGCAGCACAAACGCAGUCUGAGCACACUGUAUUAAUGCCGAAUUGAUGUCUGCCACGGGGAGGGUGUUAUUGUGAGUCAGACGACCUUCAGACUGACCGUAAAAGAAGAAGGUACUUUACCUUGAUAAUGGAACCACUGGCAGAUUACUUUCACAUCACUGCCCCUCACACAUCAGAGUGUUGAGGUAUUUCAGCCUUUAAAAUAUAAAUCAUCCAAGACCAGUGGAGAAAUAUAAACAUGUCUUCUUCUGAUUGGGUAUUCCCACUUCCAUAAAUGCCAGCUGGUCAGGCUGUUUGAGGUUAGAUAAGCAGUAACAAAUUCUUGAUUUACUUACGCGAGUCCAUUUUUCAAAUCCAAAAACCAGGAUUAUGAGCUAUAAACACAUGCCUAAUCAGUUUCUUUUGUUUGUUUGUUGUUUUUGUUUCUUUGUAAUGCCACAGUGAGUAGAGACUGUCAUCUGGGUGACUUCCACUCUCUUCCACUUGUUCCAGAUCUUCUAAAUAUAGUUUUUUUUUUUUUUUUUUUUUAAACGGUAGUCUAUGAAGUAUAUGGAUAGACGUCUGGACUGAACAGAAUAUUUCAACGUCACUUUAUUUUAAGACGCCAUUUGCAAGAAUAAAGCUGGUCUUUGCUCUGGCAGAAUGGUUUGAUAUGUAGAAAUAUAAUGCCAAACUACAUGAGACACUUUACCGUGUUUUGUAAGAUGAAUGGAGAUAGGGUACAGGACUGGAGGUCGUGAUUUCUCUUCACAUUUAAUACGGAAGACAAAAGAGUAGCUAAUCCACUCUCCCAGCUCCCAUUCACUGUAUGCCCAGCAGCACAAGCUUUAGUUUUCUUUUAAGUCUUACAAAACACUGUUAAAAGGGAGACCUUGACAUUUGAAUAUUUACUUUUUAUUCUGGGUAUUUUUACUCACUGGACACUUCUUUCCAUGUUAACAAUCCUUGAUCACACUUCUCACCAUAGGCCAAGAAAACCGGAGGAUUAUUUUCAGUUAUCAGCCCUUUAGAAUUGCUCCCGGACUUAAAAUGUCAAGGUUUCUCUUAAAGUCUAUACAAGUCCUCUUGUCAUCAUUAUUAAUUAGAAUCAACUGGACUGGAUAUGAAGUUGCCAGAGAUGCAAUGGACCAGUUCAAACAACCAUAUUGAUAUUGUUUUUAGUCCAAGCUAAUUAAGGAUGGAUAUUUUUCUUUGACAUGCAUUUGUAUGCUUUGGCCUGCUAUUAAUAGGCUGCCUUUCCAGACAUGGAUUUCUAUUUUUGUUUAGGAAUAAAUUUGAUCCAUGAAGGAGGGAAACCUGUCGGAUAUUAGAGCAGGUGAAAUCAGUACAGUAAUUAACGCUGUCUCACUGUGUGAUUGGAUGGCUCUUUGUAGUCUUAAAGCUUUUACCUGAAGCCUUUUGUAAUCUGUUAACUCUGAAAAUCAGCUCUCGGGGGUUUGCAGACCCUGACAAGGCUGCACUCAGAUAAAGCACAGAAUGUAUCACGUUUAAAUUUUGUUUUUUCUUUUGCCAAAUCCUUAAAUUUCUGUCUGCCAUAUUCUGCCUACGCUCAUGUUUACAGAUGGUUGUAAAAUUAUUUUGUUGUUUUUUUUCUGUCGUUUUUUUAACAACCCAGUUUGAAUUCCUAUGACUCUGGAAUUAUGAAGACUGGACGGCUACACUGUUCUUGAAUUAAUGUCUCAGCUCUCAUUUGAUCUGCACCACUCAUAUGACUAUCUCUGCUCAUCUUUAACCAAUAAAAAACUCAAAUCAUAGUGACAGCAGGAGCAGUAUUUUAAACCUCACAUGUAAAUGGUCAUAUCCAACAUCACAUUACUUGGUUACAGUGUAGUGUAAGUUGCAGUAAAACACCAGAUUCACAGGCUUCAUAUAGAGCAGAGAUGGUCAUGCUGGACUGAAAUGGCAACAGUAGUGUUUUUGACAUUUAGUUUGUCCAUUGUGACUUGAUGCACCUUUUGAAGAUUGUAAAGAAGAAGUAAAAAUAGAACAAGAGUUGGAUUCCCAAUGUUUUUAAAAAUGAAAUAAAAUGUAUGCACUCAUAGUACUGUAAGGCACUUUGGAGGGAAGUGUCAAGCAAAUGGCUUAAAGAAAUAGUUUGAAAUCUUGGAAAAUAUGCUUUCUUGCUGAGAAUUAGAUGAGAAGAUUGAUACCACUUUCAUGUCUGUACGCUAAAAAUGAAGCUAAUGCCAACAGCCGCUUAGCCUAGCCAGAUUUAGUUUCUGUUUUGGACAUUAGAAAGGAAAGGAGCAGCUGUUUCCAGUCUGUAUGCUAAGCUAAGCUUUUUUGGUUUCUUUCAAAGAUAUCUAAGUGAGUGUAUCAUCUUUCAAGGAGGUACAUCACUCAAUAUAGUACACAUUAACGAGUUAAACAACAGUUACUUUGAGGGUACUGGUAGUAGCUUCAUAAUUAAUCGCUUUGCUCAUUUAAAUUGUGAUGUUCACUUCAGCUGAAAAUUAAAAGAUCAAAUGCACAUCCUUACAUACAUCAGAAGUCUUGACCACAGCAUUUCCCAUUACUGGUCCUAAUUGGCACAGGUGAUGCAGAUGGGAGGUGGAACCAACAGCACCUCCGAGGGUCCGCGAACUACACUUCAUGAAAGAUUCUCGACGAAGGCAGUCUUGUGAUGACACUCUAUGCUCUGCUUUCCACCAAGUGACAAAAAUUGACGGUCAUUUGGUUCACCCUGACGCAGCACAGAAAUACCCACACAUUUCUUUGUUCGGGGACGGGCUGUACAGAGUGAGUUGUGACACUCACUGAAGGUGUAAUCACCUAAUUCUUGGUGCCAAAAAGCCACUGGGAAAUGGUUUUCCAGGCGGCUUAUUACAACCCAAAGGCUGGCCACAUGGGGUAUGACAAAACACUAGGCCGGAUAAUGCACCGAGUCUAUAGGCCUGGCAUUAAGGGAGCUGUACAUUGCUGGUGUGCCUCUUGCCCCAAAUGCCAACUGGUUAACCAACCAGCUGUAUCAAAGGCACCUUUGUGCCCAUUGCUGUUAAUUGAAGUUCCAUUUGAGUGUGCUGGUACCUCUUCGGGCCAUUUCACCAGAAUGCAUGAGGAUAUUGUUUCGUUUUAGUCCUGGUGGACAACACAAUGCAGUGCUGAAGCCAACAAGCACUGUUUCAGGUUGUCUCCAGAGUUGGAAUCCCAAAAGAAAUUCCAACUGACCCGGGCACCUCAUUCAUGUGGAUAUUAUGGGAGCUUAAUGGACUAUUAGGCAUCAAUUCGGACAAGUGUGUACCACCCACAAAGUGAUGGUUUCGUCAAACCUUUGUGGUCACAGGGUGAGCAGGCAACAUUGACAGUGAGAUUGUGUGUUCUGACAGGGGCGGGGCAACACAGAUUUACCACCUCAACCUCCUCAAAGUAUAGAGUCCGGUUACUAUGGUAAAGGAGAAAGAUGAGUUAGGGCCCAUAGUGCCAAAUCCCACCAAUCCAAUCUCGCUCCUUUGUGAUAGUCCUCUCUCAUUGUCCCAGAAAACACGUGUUGCUAUGUUGCAGCAGCAUUUUGCUGACGUGUUUUCCCCCUUGCCAGGACACACAAACUCAUGCUUAGUCCACGUGGGAAUUUUUUGCAGCGUAGCUUUUUCUAUGCGUUCUUCCCUUUCUUCCAUGUGUAACAGACCUUUUGCAAAAAUCCCUCCAGGGUGAAGAUGAAACACCAUUUUUCAGUGUUGAUGUGUAGACAGGGAAAAUAGGGGUAGGCGAGGCCAGACAGCUCCCCAGCCCACGUCGGGCAGUGGCCAUAUGCGGUAGUGGUGUAUAUGGGCUCAGCUGCAGGGGAACAGUGGUAUCAGUCUUCACGUGUUACUCUCUGCAAGAAAACCAAAAAGCUUAUUCCCCAAAAUGUUGAAAUAUUCCUUUAAUGUCAGAUGAAUGGUCAGCUACAUGAUGACUGCCAUACUGUGCAUAUUGCUACUGGUGAAUGAUACAGAACAGUUUGAGGAUGUUACUGCUGUCAUAAUCACAGGGACUUUGUCAAACACAGUGUUGUCUUUUCAAGGUCCCCUUCAUUGAAGCUGGUGUCCUCGCUGUUGUAUUAAAUAUGUAGUUUCUCUAACUGUGUGUAAAUGUUAAUUAAGGGUUUUCCAAAAGCAUUUCAACAUCCAAGUGAUCUACAUUGAGUGUAUAGUACACCAGGGUUCCUGUCUCAUUUUGGACAACUUAAGUGUCUCAAGGCUGCGAAACAGCCUUAAUCUGACAUUAUGACUCAAGUAAAUUUCAAAUCUUAAAUAAAUAAAACAUGUCAAGGAUUCGGUCCUAUUUUGUGGACUGAGACAGUAGUCAUUGUAUUUGGUACAGUCAGUGAAUUGCAAAUUAAAGCCCAAGUGUCACUGGGAAACACUGCAAUCAUAAUGAGUAAUUAAUUUGUUAUCUGUGACAGUCACUGUUUUUUUUUUUUUCUUUUUGUCAAAGAGGAAUUUGUAUACAAAUUAUUGAAAUGUACAGUGAAGAAAACAAAAAAAAACACUGAGUUUUUAAAAGACAUGUCUAUUGUAAAGGAUAAUGUGGUGUACAUUUUUUAAUUUAAGUAAAUUAAUUUAAGGUA